AUGCUGCAUGUGGAAGUAGUGGUGGAUCCUUCGGACGAGAACUCACCAUGGAGAUAUAAGUUGCGAGAGGAUGAAAAGAAGCCGGAAGUGUUAGUCAAUCCAACUAUUGCAGACGAGUGUGGAUUAAGUAGACGUGAGGUGCUGCCAGUGUGUUACGUGUCGUCGACGUCACGUGCGUUUGAUGGUCAAAAACGAAUGUGGCUGCAGGUCAUGGAGGGACUUAGCAGUGGUGGACCCGGUCGAGGCACAGUUGACUUUCGGUUCGAGGUGAAAAGUUUUGAGAGAGUUGAGGCAGAUGCUCCGUUUGUUCACGCUCUUCGUCGAUUAAACGUGAGUGUUCACGGUCUUCCUUUAGAGAUUGCUCGAAAUGAUCUCUCGGACGAAGAAGCUACUCCCGAUGGAGCCAUUGAGGCACUACUCAACAGCUUCUACCGUCAAUUUCCACUGACACGCCACGAUUCUCGAAAACUUUCGACGUUGGAUCAACCAGCUCUACUUCAACUUCGUCCGCCAUUCGCUGCUAGAGUCUGGAACGACCUGACGGACUCGUUGUCCUCCUGCGCUGGUGGCCUCAUCAUAUUCUCCAACUCGCGCAGUCUCUCGGAUAAACUGCUCGUUCUGGCAUCUCGACUCACUGGACCUCGAGCCAUUGUGAUGGAACUCGCGAAUCUUCAUCCAACUCGCGUUGACGUGGAUAUUCUCCUGGCACCCUCACACUUCGCGAAGGAACACUACUCCGUAGUGACAAACGUUCGUGCUCGCAACACGUUUGUAUUAUCUACUGGUGUAGAUACCCAACGAUUUACACCUGCCACUUUGAUCUCACCAGGCGAGCAUUUUGUCAUCGGCUACGUUGGACGACUCUCAUCGGAGAAAUCACUUGGAAUUCUCUUAGCAGCUAUGAAGAUCCUUGCGCCGAUCUGUUCGCAUUGCAGACUAAGGGUGGUUGGUGACGGUCCACAAAAGUCUCAACUUCAAGAACUUGCCGCGGAGUGGGGGUUACUUGGAACUAGUGUCGACUUUGUGGAUGGAAUCUAUAACGACGAGCCAGAGCUGGUUCGAGAGUUUCGUGAGAUGCACGUGUUUGCAAGCCCCAUGUUCACCGAGACGCUAGGCCUCGCUGUUCUAGAAGCUAUGAGUGUGGGUGUACCUGUUGUCGGCUUUAUCUCUGCUGGAACGGGUGAGUUUCUUGAGGAUGGCUUGAACUGUGUUGCUGUAAUGAAAGCGACGGCCGAGAAGUUUGCUGGUGCUCUUCUUCAGUUUAUCCAUGACAAGGAACGCAGGCUUCGGAUUGGUAGACAAGCCCGACGUACUGUGGUGGAACUCUUUUCAACCCACAGAGCACUCGAAAAAUACGGAAGGCUUUACGAACGCGCUGGGCGGACGAUAAAUUUUUCCGGUAGAUACAAAUGCCACCGUGAAGAGGAGACAUUUGGAGGUUUAGCGGGUGAGAAUGUGGAGAAAACAAAGGGCCAAAGUUGACAUGUUGGAAAUGAGAGAAUGCUUACAUGUUCGCUUGGAGCCGUCCUCAGGUCAGACCGAUCUUUUAUUACGUGUUCAGUAAACC